GUCAGGAUGACUGGUUUGGACCAUUGUGUUCUUCAAGAAAUAAUUUGUGCCAUAGUGGUUAUACAAAAUGUUCGAGAGAAUCGAGAUGUGUUCCACAACUAUCAAACUAUGAGUGUGAUUGCCCUUUGGGAAAAACUGGAAAAUAUUGUGAAAAAGACGAAAUUGUUACGGAUGUUAGCUUCACUGGCAAGAGAUCUUUUAUUGCUUUGAAACCUGUGGAGCUCGAAGAAUACAAGUUUCAUUUUGAAUUCGAAAUUCGUUUGCUGAAAGAUCAAGGAAUCAUUCUUUUUAUGGGACGAAGAGAAUCAACCUUUAUAUGCCUGUCACUAUUGAAUGGUUUGAUAGAAUUGAAAAUAAAAUCGGAACGUUUAUUUCAAGGUGCCAGCAAGAUACCAUCUUCAAGUAUCACUUCAGUGAGAAGUUCCAAACUUUUGGUAAGAGCAGUCUGGUACACCGUGAAAUUUGGGAUGUUCGGAAGAAAAAUUUACCUUUCGGUGAAUAAUUUAAUAAAUACAGGAAUAUUAGAUGAUGGUCAUUUCCUAGGGAUAUCAAGAGGAACAAUUUUUUUGGGAGGCCUCCCAGAUAUGUCAGAAAUACCCAUUUGCGUAGCGUCCAGUUUUCCAGAUCAUUUCCAAGGGUGUAUCAGAAAUUUAUUCGUUAACGAUAUAUCAUUACCAUUGACUAAUUUGACCAUAAAAGAAUCGAGAAACGUUGAAGAUUGUGAUGGAACUCCCUGUGGAGAAGAAAUUUGUCAAAAUGGAGGAACAUGUUGGUUAGAUUCUUUCAUGCAACCCCAUUGUUCCUGCAUUCCUCCUUAUUUUGGCAACGAGUGUAAGAACGUUUCAGUAUGUGAUGAAAAGAGUUGUAGAAACGAAGGAAAAUGCCUCAAUAAUAAAUGCACCUGUGUUGUUGGAUACUCUGGUGCUCUUUGUGAAAAUAAGAUUGCAGUUGCAACACCAAAAUUCAAUGGUCAGAGUUAUAUGUUCGUUAAAAGAGUUGGCGAUAGAAAAAGAGACCUGAAAACUGGAAAUGUCGAAAGUAUCACUUUGAAUUUCACCACUGUCAAACGUAAUGGAUUACUCUUAUGGACUGAAGAGAAAGAAAAAUACCUAGGCAUUGGGCUGGAAAAAGGUUUUAUCAAGAUUGCAAUCUCUUCAACAGAGUUUCGGAAAAGUUUGUUCGAAGUACCAAUGUAUACCCGUGUAUCCGAUGGUUUGUGGCAUGCAAUCAAUAUUUCAUUGAAUCCUCUGAAAUUAACCGUUGACGGAGUUGAUGUAGUGAUUCAUAGAAAACUUGAAAAAGGUGAAAAGUUAAGUGGUGACUUUCUCAUUGGCGGAGUACCUGAAAAUGAAAGUGUAGUUGUGAAAACGAAAGGUUUUUUUUCACACCCCUUUGAAGGUUGUAUCAGUUCGUUUGGAACCAAUUCAUUUUCAAUUACAGAUUUCAGUAUUCAAGACGGUUCCAAUAUUGGUUCCUGUGAGUAUAUACAGAAUUAGAUAUGAUACCACCAAAGAUGUUCAAUGUCAAAAUUUUCAGUUUCGUUGUGAUUCACACUGAAAAUUCCCAUACAACGUUUACCGAAAAUUUUUCUAGUCACUUAUAUUGUUAUGUUAUAUACUUUUAGAAUUACUGUAUGUUAGUUUGAUGUGCAAAACUACCUUUUUGGAAGAUUUGAAUAAAAACAAGAA